AUGGACAGGCCUUUGGUUAACGAGGCCCCAGGCACUGUCAUCAUCCAGCACGGGAAUGACGAAUCUACUGAUGCUGUUGUUCUGGAGCCCACUCCAACGGACGACCCCAAUGACCCCCUGAACUGGUCCAAACCCCGCAAGACGGUCAACUUUGCCAUUGCCAGCUUCUAUACUCUGGCAAGCUUCGUCUUGCUGGAUAUUGGAACUGUUGUAUGGAUCCAGAUGAAUGCUGAAGUCGGUGUCUCCUGGGAGAAUCUCAACAAUUCAUUUGCUCUCAAUCUGGCCGGCCUGGCAGUCGGGUGCAUAUUCUUCAUCCCAUUCGCCAUCAAGUACGGCCGUCGUCCGAUUUACAUUCUCAGCACAACUGUCCAAUUCGCUACGGCUAUUUGGAAUGCCAAAGUGAACUCAACUGCAGAGUUGCUCGCCGUUAAUGCCGUGAGUGGUGUUGCCGGUGCCGUCAGCGAGGCCCUUGUGCAGAUGACUAUUGUAGACGUCUUCUUUGUCCACCAGCGAGCCUCGGCCAACGCUUUCUACAAUAUGAUGGUAAGUGCCGGCGCAUAUCUUGCCCCCGUUGCUGCUGGAUACUGUGCCACCGCGCAGGGCUGGCGGUGGAUCUGGUGGUGGACGACUGUUAUGCUGGGAAUCAACCUUGUUCUGUUUGUUUUCUUCUUCGAGGAAAGCAAAUACAUUCCGACUUUGAUAUCCCAGCCAGGUGAAAAUCCUGAAAAGGUAGAAACAGAGGUGACGCCCAAGAAAUCCAAGGUGCAAGGCGAAGUCCUAUCUGCGAUAGAGUCGGGUACUGGCUUCAGAAACAAGUCUUACCGCGAGCGAAUGGCAUUCAUUACCAGGACAGACAACUCGCUGAUGGAGAACAUGAAACGCCCGAUACUCGUCCUUGUAGGUUUUCCUGCCGUUUCGUUCACAGCUCUCGUCUGGGGCACCUUCUUGUCGUGGUUCUCUGUCAUCGUCACUACUCAAUCGUCGUACCUUUCCUACGCCCCGUACGAAUACAACUCCUCCCAGAUCGGCCUGUUCAAUCUACCCCCCUUCAUCGGCGGCCUAUUCGGGGCUGCCUUGGGAGGGCCUAUGAAUGAUCGGUAUAUCCUCUGGCGCGCGAAACGAAACAACGGUACCUUUGAGCCCGAGACGCGGCUGCAUCUCUGUAUACCAGCGAUCUUCGCGACACCGCUGGGUAUACUUAUUUUUGGCGUCGGAAUAUCUAAGGGCUGGCCAUGGUGGUCACUCGCUGUGGGGAGCGGUAUCUUUGGCUUUGCAUUCUUCUGCACUGGGGCUUGCGCUCUUACAUAUGUCGCCGACUGCUAUCAGGAGAUUGUUGGAGACGCCCUGGUUGGUGUUGCAUUUGUGCGCAAUGCACUGUCCAUGGUUAUCGUGUUUGUUCUCACGCCGUGGAUCGAGGCAACAGGGCUGUUGAAUAUGUUCAUUGCGGUGGCGUGUAUUGCAACAGGAACAAUGUUGACAAGCAUUCCGAUGAUCGCAUAUGGAAAGAGGAUGCGAAUGUGGACAGCGCGUCGGUACAGGAAGAUGGCUCUGUUGCAACCUGGCGCAAGGAGGAUCUGA